CUUACUUGUUGGCAGACUGGAUAGCCACGGUCGCCCUUGGCCUCCUUGUUGACCGUCAAGGGAACUUUGGAAGUUCUAGUAACAGCAAUAGCGGGCAUGGAGAGUUAACGUUGAUGGCGUUUUGGGCACCAUUCAUGUUGCUUCAUCUUGGCGGGCCAGACACCAUCACUGCUUAUGCGUUGGCAGAUAACGAGUUAUGGUUAAGACACUUGCUUGGACUACUUGUCCAAACAGCUGCAGCUAUCUACAUCACUCUUUUGGCAUGGGAAGACACUCUUAUUUCCUUCCUUACGAUUCCUAUGCUUUUGUGUGGUAUCAUUAAGUAUGGUGAGAGAACAUGGGUUCUAAUGUCAGCUAACAGAGACCAAUUUCGAGAUUCUGUUUUGGCAGAUAGGGAUCCGGGCCCUAGUUAUGCCAAGUUCAUGGAAGAGUUUAGCUUAAAAGAAGCAGAAGGGUACUAUGUUAGUGCUGCUCAAGUGGAAGAGGGGCAGUCACCAGGAGAAGACCCUGAAAACGCCACAGAAACUGUUCCAUCUAAUCCUAAUCCUGAUGCAAGAAUUUUGCACAUAGCAAAUUACUUCUUUGAAACUUUAAAGUUCAAGCGGCUUUUUGUGGAUCUCAUUCUUGGCUUCCAUCCACGAGACGAGAGCCAAUUUUUCUUUGAGAGACAAGAAUAUGACACCGCCUUUGAGGUGAUUGAAGUUGAACUUGGAUUCGCAUACGAUGUCUUCUACACCAAAGCACCUAUCAUUUAUACUCCAUUUGGUUUAUUUUUCCGUCUCAUGACUUCUAUCAUUACCCUUUUCGUAUUGUUGACUUUUGUUGCAUCCAUAGGAAUAAGAUCACAUAAACAUUCAUUCAUUGAUGUUGUGAUUACUUGCAUAUUGCUGAUAGGUGCUAUUUUAUUAGAAGUAUAUGCAGCCAUAUCUUUGCUUUUUUCCGACUGGGCAAAUCUAUGGUUUAGCCAGCACUCUUCCAAAAUUCCUCUGUUUUUUCAUUUAGACUUCUCACUCCAAUCUGCACAGAAAAGAAAAAGAUGGUCAAACUCCAUGUAUCAGUACAGCUUGAUAGAUUUUUGCCUCAACCAGAAAUCUUCAGUUUUUCAAAAAAUCUCCAAGUUCAUUCCUUUAAAUAAAAGGCUUAAGAACUUGUCAGAAAAAUGGGUGAGUUUUCGCGAGUUGAAGCAUCUUAAUAUAACGCCUGAGCUGAAGUCUUUCAUUUUUGAUCACUUCAAGGAAAAAUCCACUGACACAGAACUGGACCCUAAGAUCUUGUUCACCUGUCGAGGAGCAGUUUCCCUACGUGCCCAUAAAAGUUAUGGAACGUUCAAAUGGACGGUUGAUGUGGAAUUCGAUCAUAGCAUUCUCAUUUGGCAUAUUGCCACUGAUCUCUGCCACAACCUAGACAAAAGUAAGAGACGCGACAACACAGAUGGCAGUGAAAUGAAACGAGAAUGGGAUGAUUAUAUGAUAUACAGCAAACAACUAGCAGACUACAUGUUAUAUGUCUUGGUCAUGUGUCCUUUCAUGUUGCCCAUCGGAAUCGGAAUGAUUAGGUUCCGAGACACUUGUGCUGAGGCCCUGGUAUUUUUCGAAGAGAGAAGUAGCUCAAGUAAGCUUGAGGCCUAUGAAAUGUUGGGACAAGUGAGCACCGAAGUCUUUCCAGCAACAGUUAAGGGGGACAGGAGUAAGUCUGUACUGUUUGAGGCUUGCAAGCUUGCAGCUUCAUUAAAAGAGAUGGGUGAUCCUCGAAAGAUGUGGAAGAUGGUUGCUGAUGUGUGGGUGGAGAUGCUUGGUUAUGCGGCUAGUCAGUGCAGAGGAUUUGAUCAUGCUCAACAGCUUGAAAAGGGUGGAGAACUUAUCACACACGUCUGGCUUUUGAUGGCGCAUCUUGGCAUCACUGAACACUUUAAGAUUAAAGAUGGUCAUGGUAGAGUUAAGUUGGCAGUUACCUAAAGUCUAACGUAGAUCAAGACGUCGCAACAUUUUCUUCAAAUUUUUAUUUUAAGUUUUUAACAAUGAUACCAUUAGAAGCAAUUUAUCAAUGCAUACUUUGUAGGUGCAAUGUAGUUUGAGAAUGUACUGGUUAGGGCCGGCCGAGGGGUGGUAUAAAAAAAACGAGGGUUGGCUGCGCAAUGCUAUAGCUGCAGUCGUUCGAAUUGAUCAUUCACUAAUAUUUGUGAUAUGCACAAUGCAAACAGACUUACUGUAUACAUUUGAUGCUGUUGACAUUUUAACUUGUCUAUU